UACAUGCGAUUUUUUUUCAACUUUCUUAUAAAUAUGGCAAACUUGAUACGUAGAAGUGUGUUGUGGAUAUUCUUACAUCUCUUCAGUUGCAUUUCUGCCGAACAUUGCACAAAGUACCUCUGUCGAAAUAAAACGAAUCCAGACGGUACGAUUCGACGUUACUUUGGUGGUGAAACAGCUUUCGAUCAGAUUCUCAAUGUGAAAAACCCAUUGUUGAAAACCACGGUAAAGAACACAAGAUCUUGUUUAAAGAAAUGCAUGCUAAACGAGACAUGUUAUUCAAUAAACGCAGGAAAUAUGAGCGUCAAUGAUGGAAGCAAGAGCUUUGAAUGUCAUCUGAUGGCGGAAAAUUUUUAUUCAAAUAAAUCUUUACUAGAGGACAGAAAAGAUUGGAUUCAUAUAUCAUUAAAGAAUCCAGGAUGUGACGCAAAUCCUUGCAAAGAUAAUGCCACAUGUGUUCCAAAUUAUCAAAACAAUACUCACACAUGUCAUUGCAAACAUGAGAAUAAAUUUGCAGAAAAAGAUUGCAGAGUGUUUUCAGUUGGUGGGACAAGUCUAAAGCCUGAUUACUGUAAAUUUCCCUUCACGUACAACAACACAACUUUUAACGCGUGUACUGAAUCAGUCAUAUCGCCUCGUAAUACAAGUGUAAGUUGGUGCGGAUCGGACCAGGACACAUCUUCUUUUGGAUACUGUGAAUUAUCUACACAAAUCUUAAGUGAAGACGGUGCUUAUUGCGUUGAACCACAAGUUGGAGGCUGCAAUCCUGAAGACGACACACGGCUUGUGUUUCGUCCCACCUCGUCUUAUUGCAAGGGAGCAGAAUCGAAAUUUUUAUUCGAUCAUGGAAGAGGAAUAUUAACACAUGCAUGCAGCGGAAAGAACGUGUGUCCCCUUAAUGGAAAUACGAAUCUUGGGACACCUGUAGUGCUGAGCAACUCAAAUUGUCCUGAGCCAGUUGGUACAUCGCGUUGGGUUCGCACCAUGUGGAAGUCCAUCCAAUGGAAGUAUAGAUGUAUGGUGCCUGCAGGAGGUGCAUUUAGUGACGGUGUUAUAUUGAUAAUACACGGCUAUUGCAGAAAAUUAAACAGAAGAUUCAUAUUGCCAGAUAUUGAUCAAGGACGAGUGCGCGCGUCUUUCUUUGACGGUGUAAAUACAAUGACCAACUUGUUAUCCGACACACGUUUUCCAGAUUCUCCAACAGAGUUUGGCAUAGUGGACAAUUUAGACUCUCACUGGAGCAUUGCUGAUCAAUAUGGCGCACGAUUUUGGUCACUCUUUAAACCACCUCAAACAGGAACUUAUCAUUUUCAAGUAGCCGGUGACAACGAAUGUCGCUUGUAUUUAUCAACCGACGAGUUAGCAUCCCACAAGGUUCAAAUUGUUUACUUCAAUGGUUUUGUUAACAGAUAUUUUUCCACCAGGACCUCCGCCCAAACUUCAAGUGAUGUUGAAUUAACCCUUGGAAACACAUAUUACAUCGAAGCUUUGUUGGUUGAAGGUUCUGGUGGAGAUCAUAUCUCCGUAGGUGUUUUCCUGCCCAAUGGUGAAUUGAUUAUGCCAAUACCAUAUGAGUAUUUGUCGUUGCCAUGAACUGUACUGCGAAGCAUGCUUCAGAAGCUUGGGACAGAUAAAAGAUUCUGCCAUUCAUCUUUUUUUAAGUUUUAGUUUAUAAAUAUUUCAUCCAUCAACAUUGACUGAUGAAACAUUUUAGCAUCAUUUAAGCUGUGAACCUCUAAAUGUCUGUUUAUUAAAAGUAUUAGCGAACAUAAACAAUGUCAUUAACAUUUACCACAAGACGUUCACAAGUGAACAAGUAGUGAGCACUGGAUCAACUGUCCAAUUAAAGAUUUUUAAGGUUUUUUAGAAUAGAUUCUUGAAAAAAAAAAUGUUUUACUUAAAAAAAACUCAAGGAAAAUUUUGCCUUUGUGAUGAACAUAGAUGGCUGCGCACACCAAUAAUCAAUGUCAAUAAGAUAUCACGCAAAUAAGGGUUGAUCACUGAGCAUAACAUGAUACCAAUCACGUUUACGUAAAAAGACAGAUGGAGGAGCAUAUUUUAUUGCAGAAGACCUUUUCAAAAAGCGUUUAA